UGUCCUCCUCAGGUCCUCCCGCAGCCGAAAAGUGAAAUGCGCGCCCGCCCACUUAAAGCCGUACUUAUUAUUGUGAGAUUUGUUCAUGCCACUCACGAGUCACGACUGGGAGAGUACACAUAUACGCUGCAGUAAUCUCACACUUGUAGACAUUUGACAGCAUUCAACAACCAAAGUCUCGACCCACACAAUCUCUCUCUGUUUUGCUUCUCUUUCCUCUUAAUCAACACAUCUCUUCUCCUCUUCCCUCAUCCAAAGCAACAGGACUCUUUUCGACGGACCGAACCGACCCCUACUCAUCCUCCACAACACGAAGUGGUCAUCAUGGCGCAAAUAAGAGGGACUGCAGGCUAUAAUCUGGGGCUGAACAACCAGUUCGCGUCUCAACGCAGUAACGAUGCUACCAGCGACCCAAGCCCCCUGGAUCAAAUAAGAGAACAAACCAGCAAGAUCGAGGACUGGCUAAACACGCUGGGCGAGCCUCUGAAACCGUACCUUCCUGCAAUCGGACGAUUCCUCAUCGUCGUCACGUUCAUCGAAGAUGCCAUCAGAAUCAUCACGCAGUGGAACGAUCAACUUACCUACCUGAGCGACUUCAGACACAUUCCCUGGGGUAUCACACAUCUGUUCCUGAUAUUCAACGUUGUGGUCAUGUCGGUCUGCUCUACCCUUGUCAUCAUCCGCCGUUACGGAGAAUACGCAGUCGGUGGCCUUCUGUCGGUCGUGGUGGUUCAAGCUCUCGGUUAUGGCCUCAUCUUCGACCUCAACUUCUUCCUCCGAAACUUGUCGGUUAUUGGUGGCCUGCUCAUGGUGCUUGGAGACGGCUUUGUCAAGAAGACCAGAGUCUUUGCUGGACUGCCCUCGAUCGACGAAAAGGACAAGAAGAUGUACAUCCAGCUUGGAGGAAGAGUGCUGCUCAUCUUCCUCUUCAUCGGCUUCGUGUUUGCUGGUGAAUGGAGCGUCUGGAGAAUCCUUGUCAGUCUCAUCGGAUUCGUGGCUUGUGUCAUGGUGGUUGUUGGUUUCAAGGCCAAGCUCAGUGCCAUCAUUCUGGUGCUUCUCCUGAGCAUCUUCAACGUCUUGGUCAACAAUUUCUGGACGCUGCAUAAGAAUCAUCCCCACAAGGACUUUGCCAAGUACGAUUUCUUCCAGAUCCUCUCGAUCAUGGGUGGCCUGUUGCUAUUGGUGAACAUGGGACCGGGUCAGUUGAGCGUGGAUGAGAAAAAGAAGGUAUACUAGGAGACUUCAUUUCUUGCAGGGGGGGUAUGGCGGCAGGGAAAAUUACUCGCGAGCAUAUAAUGAUGCGUACGACAUCACGCAGAAUACGAGCAUUAAAGCCAGACAUCUGGAUGGGAGACUUGUCUGCUGAACAUUGCCAGGGGAAGUAUGGACGUUGAGAAUCAAAAAGCUUGCGGUAUGGAUGUUACUAUUUGCAUAAAAUGAGCGUUCAUGGGAAUUGAGCGCCUUUUUUGAGAGAAAACUGUUCCAGUUGUCCAGUUUUGUGUACAAACAGAUUAGGGACAAAUAGAGAAGAAGUGACACCACUUGAAGCUA